AUGUAUAUAAAUAAUAUAACUAAUGGAUUUGAGACACAAAUCUAUAGCAAUGUAGUAAACGAUGAUCGUGUCUUGGCUGAUCGUGUCGAUGGUGAUUUUGAAGGAGGCGGGAUCGUGUCUUGGCUGAUCGCAAACGAUGAUCGGUUUCCGCCGGUGAACUGUCAGACCGGAGACGCGUGUCCUGUCAAACAGAGGAACGUUACCAGAUGCAUCGGAACGCUGGUGAUGCUUAUUGUACUAUGCGUGGAAGAUGGGAAGAGGCUGCUUGUUUAUGAGUAUAUCUGCAAUGGGUCGUUGCAUUCUCAUCUCUAUGUUGCUAAUAAAGGGAAGAUUGAUAUAGGUUUGGGAAAAGAGCCGUUAGGAUGGUCAGCGCGGCAAAAGGUUGCGGUUGGAGCAGCUCGUGGGUAG